AUGGUUUGGACAAUUCUUCUGGGCAUAUUUGUAAUACUCCUCAUAACUGAUUACCUUAAACGCCAACAAACCAUAAAGAACUUAGGAAAUAUCCCCUUGGUAUCCCACAUACCUUUCAUUGGAAGUCUUACGGUACUUUUACAGUUAAAUCCCGAAAAUUAUAAAACGAAAUGGCAUGAAUUCAUUCGACAUUAUGGGAAAACAUUUGCGGCUUAUAUUUUUGGCAUGGUAUUUGUGAUUACUACGGAUCAUCGCGUUGUAGACGCAAUUCUCGGCAGCAAUGAGUAUUUGAGGAAGAAUUUGGUGUAUAGAAUGCUCUCAAGGUGGUUGGGCGAUGGACUCUUGCUGAGUAGUGGAAAGAAAUGGCAGACAAUGCGAAAAAUCAUCACACCCACAUUUCAUUUUAAAAUACUUGAAGGAUUUGUGGAGAUAUUUGAUCGUCAAUCUGAUACUCUGAUCGCCAAACUGAAGUCGAAUGCUGAUGGAAUAACUCCCAUAAAUAUUUAUAAGCCAAUGGGUCUGCUCACCUUGGAUAUAAUAGUCGAAACGGCAAUGGGAGUUGUUUUCGAUGCACAAUCAAAUUCGAAAUCAGAGUUCAUUCAAGCCGUCAAUGAAGUUACAGAUAUAAUGGCAAAUCGAUUCGUACGUCCCCAUCUAUCUAUCAAGCUGCUGGCAAGAAAAAUGCUCAAGAAACAAAAUAAAGGAAUUCAAAUUAUGCACGAUUUUACCGAAAAGAUUAUUGAAGAACGCAAGAAAUUGGUUCUACAUGCCGAGUCCAAUGAAACAACGCUUGUAGAGGGUGAUUCUGAUGGCAUUGGUGCAAAGAAACAUCUAACAUUUCUAGAUGUUCUGCUACAAGCCCGUGUGGAUGGUCAACCCUUGCUGGAUAAACAAAUUCGUGAUGAAGUCAACACCUUUAUAUUCGAAGGCCAUGACACCACUACAUCGGCCAUAUCGUUCUGUUUGUAUGCUCUAUCACGCCACCGAGAAGUUCAAGACAAACUUUUUGAAGAAAUACGCAGUAAUUUCGGUGAUAACAUGGAGCGUUCAAUCACAUACGCAGAUUUGCAAAACAUGAAUUAUUUGAAUUGCGUCAUCAAAGAAUCGCUGCGUCUGUUUCCUCCAAUUCCAGCUGUUGGUCGUUGGAUGGACAAAGAAUUGAAAAUGGAUGAUUGUUCCAUACCACGCCACUCAAAUGUCGUUAUUCUACUUUGGGAAAUACUGAGGGAUCCUGACAAUUUUGAAGACCCAUUAAGCUUCACACCUGAUCGCCAUUUGAAUACCGACAAUGUCAAAGUGACUGGUUACAGAAACAUACCAUUUAGCGCUGGACCAAGAAAUUGCAUAGGACAACGUUUUGCUCUCUACGAAAUGCGAACUAUUCUAACAAAGAUACUGAGAAACUUUGAAUUAUUGCCGCUAGGUGAAGACAUCCAAGUCUCAAUGAAAAUUGUUUUGCGUUCAGAGAAUGGUAUAAAUAUUGGACUCAAGCAACGACAAUAUAAAUGA